UCUUUAUUUGAUAAUUAGAAUGCUUUCUCUACCACUCGAAAUUCAACUUUAUAUAUUAAAAUAUCUUAAUUUCGACGAAUUAUUUUCUGUUAAACAAACCAAUUAUUACUUUUACAGUUUAAUUAAUAAAUAUGAGGGGGAAUUGGCACGAAGGAAAUUCUAUAAAUUCUCAAUAGUAAAUACAUAUUUAGUAUUAAAUAACUUUUGUUCAAUUUAAAUUAAUUUUGGGAUGAACAUAACUCUCUUGAAAUGUCACAUCCAUAUAAAUCCAUUAAACUUAAAUCUGGAGUUUUUGAAUUUACUUUAAAUGAUCAACUUAGAGAGAAGUGGCAAGCAGCGUUAACAAAGCCAAUUCCGUUAUUUUUACAUAAUUUUGAACCAAGCAAAAAAUUUAUUAGUAUUACUACAGUGGACAGAAAAACACCUUAUCUUCUAAAUUUGCCAAAAAUUCCAAAAAAAGUUAAAGAAAUGGUUUAUCUUCGAGGUUGUUUGGAGCAACUUUUUAAAUGUUCUUUUGAAUAUGUUAAUUUUUAUAAGAGUAUAUUUAAUCCAGAAAUGAUCAAUAUAUUAUUUGAUAACGACAAAACAAUUCCCCAUCAAUUUAACAUUAAUGAUGCAACUUUAUUUGCUAACAAUGAAACAUUUAAAAAUGUUUUAAAAUUUUCUUUAAAUCAUUUAUCAAUUUCUGAAUCCCUUACCAUCGAUUUAAAGAAUGUUGGCAUUACAGAGCAACAUACAAAUAUUUUAUUCAUUAUUCUGAUAAAUAAAGGCAAUAAAUUACCAAAAAUUAGUCUCGAAAGCCUCAAAUUAACAAAUCUUCAUGAUCUUAUAUCAGAAGUGAGUCGACUAAAAAUGCGAACUUAUAUAACUAAAUUUAAAGUUUAG